GACAGCUUUACUUUUAGUGACACGACGACGGCCACAACAAAAUGAUCAAGGGGAUUAUUUUAAUCGGUGGACCUAUGAAAGGUACCCGAUUUAGGCCUCUUUCAUUAGAACUUCCAAAACCACUGUUUCCUGUCGCAGGUUUUCCAAUGAUCUAUCACCACAUUGAGGCAUGUAGUAAGGUGCCGGAUUUAAAAGAGGUACUUUUGAUUGGCUUCUAUCAGCCAAAUGCUGCUCUAAAUCAUUUUAUUAUGGAAGUUCAUCAAGAAUUUAAGUUGCAAGUAAGAUAUUUCCAGGAGUAUCAGGCAUUAGGAACGGCAGGAGGAUUAUAUCACUUCAGAGACCAGAUACUAGCUGGCAAUCCAGAGGCUUUUUUUGUUAUGAAUGCAGAUGUGUGUGGCGACUUUCCUCUCAACGAGAUGUUAGAGUUCCACAGAAAGACAGGGAAUGGGGACACACAUACAAUGCUUGGAACAGAGGCCACUCAACAGCAGUCUUUGAACUAUGGGUGUAUUGUGGAGAAUAAGGACACACAUGAGGUUGUCCAUUAUGUCGAGAAACCAGGAAGCUAUGUGAGUAGUAUCAUCAACUGUGGCACGUAUCUUUUUAGUCCAGACAUCAUGAAGUACCUAGCAGCAGCUUUCCAAAAGAACCAGGAGAAUUUCUGCACUGAUAGUAUUGAAAGCUCCCUUUCUCCUUCUACCAAAGAGUGUAUCUUCUUAGAAAGUGAGAUUUUCAUGGAUUUGGCCUCAACCGGAAAACUCUUUGUGUACCAAACCACUAACUUUUGGAGUCAAGUAAAGUCAGCUGGGGCAACUAUUUAUGCCAACCGUCACUAUCUGGCAAUCUAUCACCGCACUCACCCUGACCGCUUGGCCAAGAAUGGUGAAGGAAAACCAACAAUCAUUGGAGAUGUCUAUAUCCAUCCAUCAGCAUCAGUGCAUGAAUCAGCCACUCUUGGACCUAAUGUAACUGUUGGAAAGAAUGUAGUCAUUGGUGAAGGUGUAAGAGUUCGAGAGUCCCUGGUUUUAGAAGGAUCAACAAUACUGGACCACACCUUGAUUCUGUACAGUAUUAUUGGCUGGAAUAGUGUGGUUGGUUCCUGGAGCAGAGUGGAAGGCACACCAAAUGAUCCCAAUCCCAACAAACCAUUUGCUAAACUGGAGGUGUCCGAUCUUUUCAACUCAGAAGGGAAACUUAAUCCUUCAAUUACUGUCAUAGGCUCCAAUGUACAAAUCCCCUCAGAAGUUGUCAUCUUGAAUUCCUUAGUACUGCCACACAAAGACUUGGGCAGAAGUUACAAGAACCAGAUAAUUCUAUAAAUACCAGUAGGAUCUGCCAUUUUAACGUGGCCUGCUCUCUAAAGAAAUUUAGAAAGCUCAUAUCCGAACAAUGGGGAGACACUGGAUUAUUUAAUCAGAUGUGUGUACUAAGCGUAUAUCCUUUUGGGUAUGUUAGAUAGACUACAUGUAUAUACAUAGAAAAGGCAAUGCAUUCUUUGUUCUCUAAUGUUCAGCUGUAUUUUACAGUGCCACAUUUGUAUCAUGCUGGACAGAGUGACAUGCGACAGCUUUAUUUUUUUUCCCAUGUGUUACAUAUAUUUACAUUCCUGAAUUAGACAAUAUUUUAAGUCUAUAAAUUGAAUGUAAAACAAAGGCUAUAAGAAUAUUCUACCAAAAUAUUCAUCUGCCUAGCAAGUGGAUAGUUAUUUUUCAAUCAUCUUUGUGCCUUGUAACUUGUUUUAUUUCAACUUGUUUUGGUCUGUGCAGGCCAAUAUUUACAUGAGAUGUGUGAUAUUUUAUAUGCAACAAAUGUACUAUUUUUCCGAAUCUAGUUCAGUGCAAUUGCCUGUGAAGAAUAUUGAGCAUUGGCUACAGUUACACAUUGGUUACUCCUUGUUUGUCAGUCAUGUAAAGGUUUUUAAAUGGGGUUCCUACUUUAGGUAUUGUAUA